AUGUUCUUGGCAAAACGUGUAUUGGAAGAAGAAAGAGGCAUUGGAAACCAGGUUAAAAUUGGUUUAAAUUCUCUAAGUAAAGCUCCUAUCCAAAUGGAUGACUUGAAAGCAGAAGUUCAAGAUCCUUUGAUAGAAGUGAAUCUUAGAACUGAAGAAGAAAAGAGAGUGACAUAUAUUAGUAGUCACCUUACACAGGAACAAUUCAAUGAAGUGCUGGCUGUGUUGAAGAGGUUUAAGGAUUAUUUUGCAUGGGAUUACACUGAAUUGCCAGGUUUGGACAGAACACUAGUAGAGCAUAGACUUCCAAUCAAGAAGGAGCACAUUCCAUACCAACAACCACCUCGCAGGAUGGCGAAUGAGGUUAUUUUGAAAGUGAAAGAAGAAAUCGAAAGACUAUUGCAAGCAAGAUUCAUAAGGCCAGCCAGGAACUUAAAUACAGCAACACCCAAAGAUGAGUAUCCUAUGCCAAUUGCAGAUGUAUUGGUAGAUGGAGUGGCAGGACACAAACUGUUGUCUUUUAUGGAUGGGCAUUCAGGUUAUAACCAAAUCUUCAUUGCAGAAGAGGAUGUCCACAAAACUGCCUUCAGAUGUCCAGGUAAAACCAAAGUGUUCUCCCCUUUAUUAAGGUUGAAAGACCAUGAAGAUUUUACUUGGAAUGAAGAGCAUCAAUUGGCCUUUGAUACAAUUAAAAGAUAUUUGUCCACACCACCAGUGUUGAUUCCUCCAAGAAGUGGGAAACCUUUAAAGUUAUAUAUAUCUGCAACCCAAGAUUCUAUUGGAAGUUUGCUGGCUCAAGACAAUGAUAAGGGCCUUGAACAGGCUGUUUUUUAUUUAAGUAGAUUAUUAAAUAAAGCAGAAUUAAAUUAUUCAAUGAUAGAAAAACUAUGUUUGGUUUUGUAUUUUACUGCUACUAAGCUAAGACAUUAUAUGCUUUCUCAUGUAACUUAUAUUAUCGCACAAACUGAUGUAGUGAAAUAUAUGCUAUCUAGACCUAUUUUGCGUGGUAGAAUGGGUAAAUGGAGUUUAGCUAUAGUGGAAUUUCAUUUAGUUUAUGUACGACAGAAAGCAAUAAAAGGUCAAGCCUUAGCUGAUUUUUUGGCAGAUCAUCCAUGCGAUGAAGUUACAGAUAUAAAUGAAACCAUGUUUGUAGCUUUAGCCCCUUGGAAAUUAAAUUUUGAUGGUUCACGUACCACAUAUAGGGCAGGUGUUGGUGUGAUUUUAGAAUCUCCAAUGGGGAUUAAAACCCAAAUGGCCUUUAAGUUAGAAGGAAAUUAUUCUAACAAUCAAAUUGAGUAUGAGGCUUUGAUCAUUGGGUUAGAGAUACUAUUGGAAAUAGGAAUAAAAAGUGUAGAGGUUUAUGGGGAUUCACAGUUAGUAAUUAGACAACUCACUAGUGAUUAUAAAUGUUGCAGCCCAUCCAUUGCACCAUACUUUGUGGCUACAAGACAGCUGCUAGAACAGUUUACCAAUGCUAAGUUAAACCAUGUCCCUAGAAGUAAGAAUGAGGAAGCCAAUCACAUGGCACAGAGUGCUUCUGGACAUAAAGAGACGAAUCAGAUUGCACAAAGUCCCCCAUGUUUAAGUAAAAGGAUACUCCCAUCAGUUAUUAAUAGGGAAUUAGGGACCCAGGUUUUUCAUCUUGAUACCCAAGUUAACGAUUGGAGAAACCCAAUCAUUGAUUACUUAAAAAACCCAAGUGGUUGUACAAAUAAUGCUUUAAAACUUAAAGCUAGAAAAUUUGUUUUAAUGGGAGACCAAGAUGAAACUUUAUUCAAAAGAGGUGUUGAUGGCAUCCUAUUGAAAUGCAUUAGUGAUGAUGAAUCAAAGCAAGUCUUAGCAGAAGUCCAUGAAGGCAUAUGUGGUCCACACCAAUCAGGCAUAAAAAUGAAAUGGUUGAUACACAAAUAUGGUUACUAUUGGCCAACUGUAUUGAAAGAUUGCAUUAAAUAUGCACAAGGUUGUGUAGAAUGCCAAAAACAUGGUCCAAUUCCUAGGAUUCCUGCUUCAGAUUUUCAUGCGAUAAUAAAACCAUGGCCCUUUAGAGGAUGGGCAAUGGAUUUAAUUGGAAAAAUCAGACCAAUCUCAAGAAAGAAAAACUGCUUCAUAAUCGUUGCAACAGACUACUUUACAAAGUGGGCUGAAGCAAAACCUUAUAAGGAAGUGAGUGAGUUUGAUGUUAUUCAAUUUAUAAAAGAAAUGAUAGUCCACAAGUUUGGAAUUCCUCAAUCUAUAAUAGUGGACAAUGGAACCAUCUUUAAUGGAACCAGGGUAAAGGCCUUCACACAAGAAUAUGGUAUUCGAAUUUUGAAUUCCACACCAUACUAUGCACAGGCAAAUGGUCAAGCAGAGGCCACUAAUAAGAUUAUCAAGAAUAAUUUGAGGAAAAUAGUGGCUAGAAAUCCAACAAUUUUACCCAUGGAGAUUACAGUGAGAUCAAUGAGGAUUACAAGGCAAAAUGAAUUGACUCAUUUGGAUUUUCAAGAUGCAAUGUUUGCCAAACUUGAUGAAAUAGAUGAGGCUCGUAUGGCAGCUUUAAAUUCUAUUGUUGUACAAAAACAAAAAAUAUCUGAGAUAUACAACAAGAGAAUUAAGGCAAAGUCAUUUGCCAUUGGGGAUUUAGUUUGGAAAGUUAUUUUGCCUAUAGGAGUUAAAGAUCCAUAUUUGAGUAAAUGGUCUCCUAAUUGGGAUGGACCUUUCUUAAUCAGGGAGGUCUUUGAUGGAAACGCUUACAAGUUGAUGGAUAUUAGUGGCAAUGAACAUGCAAGAUCCAUUAACGGCAAGUUUCUAAAAUUAUAUAAGCCAAGUAUGAACGAAUUGGCUUACUCACAUAAAAUUUUUUGA